GGUUCGCACGAAAUUGUUCCUACGUAGAAGAACUUUGCCACAUUAGUAUAUAAGUGCCCAAUCCUGUUCCUGUCAUCAGUAUCAACCCAGUGGUCGAACAACCAGUAAUAAACACAAACCGAACCCUUUUCCGAUCCGAUAAAGUAGUGGUUAACCAGCAACUAUUAUGGCUCCCUUAGUAUUGUAUCAUUUUCCGGUAUCGCCACCUUCGCGUUCCGUUUUGCUUGUAAUACGUAACCUUGAACUGGACGUAGAGAUUAAAGUCCUCAACCUGAUGGCCGGUGAACAUAUGCAGGAAGAUUUCAUCAAGAUCAACCCCCAGCACACCGUACCGACGAUUGUGGACGACGAGUACGUGUUGUGGGAGUCCAAAGCCAUCAUCACCUAUCUGGUGGAGCAGUAUAACCCGGAAAGUGAUCUGUAUCCCACAGAUCCGAAAUUACGGGGUAUUGUUAAUCAGCGAUUGUACUUUGACUCAACCGUGCUGUACGCUCGUGUAUUCUCUGCCGUUGUUCCGGUUAUGCGACAAGCAGCUACCAGCAUCCCUCAGGAGAAGAAGGAUGCUAUCAAAGAUGCACUGAGAACAUUGGAUGGCUAUCUCGACGGUCAGGACUGGACUACCGGAGAGAACUGCACCGUAGCCGACCUUUGUCUUCUGGCAACCGUCUCCACGAUUGACAAAAUCGGAUUGGAUUUAAGUGAGUUCGACAACGUUUCUGCGUGGUACGAUCGCUGCAGUUCCUUACCGGGAUACGACGAGAACGGGGAAGGAGCAGAAGCUUUCGGCGGCUUCAUUAAAUCAAAACUGGAUGAGCCUUUCUAAGUUACUCAUUUGAAUGUGAUGAAAUUAUAAUUGGAAGGAUUUGACAACACGUUGUUGGCAAACA